CCAGUAGAGGGCGUGGUUUUAGAUUUACUGGGCGGAUUCUUCACCGUGACGUCAAUUGAAUUGGUUAGGUGACGAACUUCAGCACCGCCCCACUCGGGGCAUGAGAGGGGAGGGAAGAGGCUGUGCUGAUCCCACGUGUGACGCUUGCAUUCCCGGUUCAGUAAUAUUCUCAUAGCGGGGCUUCGCUUUGCUUUUGCCGUGUUUGUGUGUGUUUGUUAGUUUUCUGCCUGUAGUUUGAUUAGCAAUGGAAGGAGACGGGAGCCAAGCCACCUCUGGAAACUCAAAUGAUUCGCAACAUGACCCGGGUAAAAUGUUUAUCGGUGGCCUCAGCUGGCAAACAUCACCAGACAGCCUUAGAGACUAUUUUAGUAAAUUCGGGGAAAUAAGAGAGUGCAUGGUGAUGAGAGAUCCCACGACAAAACGAUCCAGAGGGUUUGGAUUCGUUACGUUUGCAGAUGCCGCCAGCGUAGAUAAAGUCUUAGCGCAAACGCACCACGAAUUAGACUCAAAGACGAUUGACCCUAAAGUUGCCUUUCCUCGACGCACUCAACCUAAGAUGGUCACAAGAACAAAGAAAAUAUUUGUGGGCGGCUUGUCAGCCAACACGGUAGUGGAAGAUGUGAAGCAGUAUUUCGAACAGUUUGGAAAGGUAGAAGACGCCAUGCUUAUGUUCGAUAAGACAACUAACAGGCAUCGAGGCUUUGGCUUUGUAACUUUCGAGAACGAGGACGUCGUCGAGAAAGUCUGUGAAAUUCAUUUCCAUGAAAUCAAUAAUAAAAUGGUAGAAUGUAAGAAGGCCCAACCAAAGGAGGUGAUGUUCCCCCCGGGGGCCAGAGGACGAGCCAGAGGUCUGCCCUACACCAUGGACGCCUUCAUGCUGGGGAUGGGCAUGCUUAGUUACCCAAACAUUGUGGCGACAUAUGGCCGUGGAUACACUGGAUUUGCCCCCAGCUAUAGCUACCAGUUUCCCGGUUUCCCAGCGGCGACGUACGGUCCGGUGGCGACGGCGGCAGCGGUAGCGGCAGUGGCGGCGCGAGGCUCAGGUAGGCGUGAGACCCACGGAAGAGGCGGCUACAUAGCGGCGUACGCGCAGGGCAGCGCAGGGCCAGGCUUUCCUGACUAUGGCUUUUACUCGGCGGCGGCAGCGGCCGUGGGGGCGGGCGGUGGGGAGCAGCGUGCGGGGCCGUGCUCCUUCGCCGACUACGGCUCGCUGGGCCCGCAGGCCGCCGCUCAGAUGCUGCAGGGCGAGCACCACCACCCUGCAUCCGCCUCGGCCUGCAACUCCCCCCUUCAGCACCUGCCCAGCCCGGAGCAGUUUAAGAGCCCAGGCGCCAACCCUCCACGCCCGGGUGGCUUUCCUGGUGCCAACAGCCCGGGCCCUGUGGCUGACCUGUAUGCUGCCGCCAGCCAGGACUCUGGCGUGGGCAACUACAUCAGCGCUGCCAGUCCCCAGCCCGGCUCCGGCUUUGGACACAGUAUCGCUGGCCCGCUGAUAGCGACAGCGUUCACAAACGGAUACCACUGAACCAGAGCAGAUGGUUGGUGGCCAUCUCGGUGGAGAAGAGGAUGUUGAGAGGUCCUGGGAAGCCGGAAGUGACAUUCUAAUUGGUUUAGUGUACAGUUGAUGUCAUGAGACUUCGAGCACUACAGCAACCCACUGGUAAAGGAGACAAGGAGAUGGCACCAUAUACAAAGAACAAAAGAGUUUUUUUCAAAGAUAAGUCAAGAUCAUCUCAAAAAAAAAAAAAAAACUGCUGUACCAUAAAUCCAAACUUCUAUAUUCAGAUAUAUUUGUUGAAUGGCGAUUUCUUUUCUUUCAUCCUACUACUUGGCAUUUUACUUUAUGUGUAAUUUUAUGUCAUUUUUUUCUAUGUUCUUUGUUUUAUCCCCAAACCUCCACCUCGACAUUGAUAGGAUUAACCUUGAAAGAGUUUGCAAGUCUAUUGCCUUUGGUACAAUACUUGGCGAGUUCUUAACGUGUCAUUACUACGCACAUAUAAAACAAGUGAGAAGACUGACCAAAUUGGGGAAAAGCACGUGUUUCAUUUUAAGUGGAAAUUGAGAAGGUAAAGAUAUAAACUCUUAGUACAGUAUCUGUUUUUAAUUAAUGUGGUGUCUCAUUAUUUGACCAUAAUUACCUAUUUUUGGGCAAUACAAAGAGGACUCCAAUAUUUUUAUGGUCCUUUUUUUUAUAAGUGUUGUUUUUUGUCGUUUAGAAACAAAAUGUAUACUAUAACAUUUUUCCUAUAAAUACAUUGUGAAUUGAGAUUUAAGAAAAUGUAAAUAUUAUACCAGUCUCUGCAUAUAACCAACUGAGAAGGAAAAAAGACAUAUUUUUUCUGAUGGUGUCUCAACAAAGUGUCCCCAGGGUGUAUAUAAACAAAAGAAUAUAACUCAAAAAGACUAUCAUUCAGUUGUUACUGAAAGACAGCAGAUAUCCUUGUGGUAAUAUAUUAUGAUAUAUCAGAGUACUGAUGUCUUGCUCUGUAAAUAAAACCAAGCUGAACAGCAUCAUAAGUGUCAUACCAGCAUAUUUCCAAAUGAAGAGAACAGGUCGCUGCUUAAGAAAAACAAACAAACAAAAAAAAACGAAUAUGGAGGCUUCUAACAUCACAACUGACAUCUAAGGGAUAGGUAUCAUUUUGAAGAGAAUAAUGGCAAAAUCCAAAGCACACUGUAUUUAGUGUUAAAGAGAACAACUGAAUUCUGUCCAGAUAUUUUACAAUGACCUUCACAUCCUGACACUUUUAUACUCUAGAGGGGGAAAAAUGUACUAUGUUAUUUGUUGAUGUUGUCGUUGUUUGUUUGUUGUCGUUUGUCUGCUCCAGACGGUUUCGCUCUCCUUCAGAACACAAGUUCUGGAUUCUUAUGUAGCAGAGCCGGUGAGGACAGCUUAUUAUUUUGCUCUGUUCUCUUUUGAAAGAAAAACGAAGGCAAACAUUUUGAUAUCAUACCUCAGCCCCGUGUCUCUCACCUGGGGGUUAAAGUUAACUAAUUUAAUUUAUUUUCAGUAGUUCAUGAGAGAGUUAAAAUAACAAGACUAUUGAUGGAGUACAAGGAAAUAAAAUCAUUGCACUGUGACUGGAAUGAAAGAUUUGAACCAUUUUUUUGUUUUGUUUAAAUGUUGGUCCUGACCAUUAGUAAGGUAUGAAGAACUGUUGUAACAUGAAUGUCAAAACAAAGCAAUGAAUACCAAUUUAUAACCUAAUGUCUUGAUUUUAUAGAGGGGGUGCAUCCAGUUUCCUGUGGUAUGGGUUUGGUGUCAGGUGGCCCACAGGUCAUGAUUAGUCGUAGUAGUAAUCAUAGAUGCUGUGCAAAAUUUAAAUAGGGUUGGCUUAGGCCAGAUUGAGAUUCAUAUGGGGAUCUGUUUUAGAGUGCAGAUUGUUAUGAUAAUGGUUUAUUGUAUAUUCUGAUGUACAUUUGUCUUUUUUCCUGCUGCAAAUGUAUUGUUUUAUUUUAAUCUAUUUUCUUGUUUUGUUUUUGUUUGACUUUAUUGAUUAUGAUGUUGAAAACAACCAGGUGAAGUUAGAUGCUGGAUGCUUUUUAAAAUAAUAUGGAGAUAUGAUCAAGUAAUAAUUUAACCUGAGAAAAAAAAUGGAAGAAAACUAUUGUAAAGUUCACAUGUAAACAGACAAGCAAAUGAAAUACAAAACUAAAAAAAAAAGAAAAAAGAUGUUCCUGAUUGCUGAUUUCAAUUUUGCAACAGGGUUUUACUGACAUUUUUGUGGUUGUUAAUAAUUAUAUGAAUAAUUAUAAUAAUGAUAUUAUUCUAAUGUACGGUGCAUCCAUCCAUCAAUUCCUCUCUUACCACCCUCCAUCCCCAUGACGAUAUACAAUCUUUAGUUCAUCAUUGUAUUUCAUUCUUGUGCAAAAGAAGACCUCGUAACAGAGUGCUGUUUUUGAGAACCCGUGUAGAUGUCGAUCUUCUUUGAUGUUCUCUCCAUGAUCCUCCUCUCACCUUCCUCUAGUCUUUGUAAGUAGUCGUAGAUGUUAUGUAUUUAGAAUAAAACUUGUAGUUUGUAGCAGAUUUAGGACCAGUAAGGAUAGAACUUUCUCAUAUUAUCAGUGCUUGACACAAAAUUGCAACCAGUUCAUUUAUAGCAAUUUUGCUGUACUGUAUACUUUUUUUUUUGUUUUUUUGUUUUGUUUUUUGUGUUUACGGUUUUCACAUGGUUUCAACUAACCAAAGCUUACAGAUGAGAAUUAUAUAUAAUGCUGUAAGAUGGACGUUUAAACUGCAUUCUUUGGAUCCCCACACCUUGAAUGUUUUGAAAGGGGGUGUGCCAUACUACCUUAAAAGCUAAUGCAAGACUUUUAUUUUAGAUUAUUUUCUAAGAGGGACACAAGCUAUAAUUAAAAAGAUUUUAUGUCAAAGAAAAUCUUUAUUUUUUUAGAAGGUUCGCACAGACUAAUAAUGAUGAUUACAAUAAUUAUUAUUAUGAUAUUACUAAUAAAACGUGUUCUAUGUUUUGAUGUUUGUACACUUUGAAAAUAUCCCGAGUGCCUCUGGCACUGCUAUUUUUGGAUACCACUCUGUUUUCUAAACGCGUCUGCCUUUUACAGAUUAUUUUUCUUUUCUUUUUUUGCCUCAUAAACACCUGAAUUGGACACAUUGGGAAUUGUUUUUGUUCUCUCUUCCAAGGACACCAGUGCUUUAUUUUAAUUAAAACAAGAGACUUGUUUAUUUUGCCUCUAAACUGUAUCAUACUGAGGCUGAAGGUAGCAUGUUGAUAGAACCAUGCAACAGGUGGGCUGGAUUGAUUACAGCGUUACUUUGAAUUUAAUUGACACUCAAUCUCUGAAUUGAGUUGUUUACAAAGUCUAGCCUACAUAAUCAUUUAAAUUGGCAAAAGUAGAGGCAGUUACACAGACACUCCAUAGUAGGCCUACAUGGAUUACAAAUGAUAUGCGAACCCAUUGAAUGUUGCCAUUAGACAGUAAAGACCUGUUCUUCUUGCCCAGAAUGUCUCUUCUUUUGAAUGAGAUUUCAUUGCCUUCCAAGUUGAAUGGCUUCUGGUUAUGGGUUUAGUCUGCUUUGUGAAUUUAGGACACAUGGAGUGUCUCUUCAAACUGCUGGCUAUAGGCUACAACAAGAAGUUGAUGUAUGCCCCUUUCAGAAGCUAGCAAAAUGACUAUCUAUUGCUAGCUAGCUAGCUAGGUGGCUUAGAGGGCAGUUUGUGUCCGGAGGCACAGGGUUUAGGACUAAACCUGAUGCAUGGUAGGGACCUUCUCCAUGUGCAGGGUAAGGAUUCAUGUGUGACCCUUUCUGAAAGGCAGAACUCAAUCAGAUCAGUACAGAUCAGAUCCUAUAGUAUAAGUCAUACCUUUCCUUUCUUUCCUCAUAGCAAAGAUAUCUUGUAGGCAGACAAGUAUUUAGAGACAGAGAGAGGGAAAACACCAGUUGCUGGUAAAAAAAAUUGGGAGGUUGGAAGUUUUGAUUAAACUAAAGACUGGUGAUCCACAAAAAUAGUCACACCAUCUUUUUAGUGACCUAUUUUUCCCCCCGCUUUUUUUGGUAACUUUUGAUCCCGUAGCUUGGACUUUAAGGUAGCAUGGCUCAGUUUACAUCUUUUUAUUUUCCAUUGACGGCAAAUAACAGCUGAUGAAUGUUACACAUCUUACUAGAUUAGUGAUUUCAUUGGAUAACUGUUGGUUUCAAAAAAAUCAAAAAAGGAUGAAAAAAAUGGAGCAGGACGGUGUCUGGGGUGUACUACCGUAUCCAUUUAAACUUGAAUAUUUAGGCAAGUGCUAGGUAAUGGCCAACUUUUCCUCAUCUUCCAGUCCUUUGUUGAACAGACAUACAUGCAUGUUUUGCUGUAUGUAUGGACUGGUACCUCUUUGUUCAUAUUUUUGACUACUGCUGCCGUGCCCCACUUCCUGACGGGCUGAUACAGUAGCAUAGUGGCCAACACUGCUUACAUUGCUCAGACUCCCAACAUUUCACCUUGACUAGCAUGUUGUAGAAAGUGGAACAGGGAUGGUGUCCAGUGUUGCUUCAUAAAACACAAAAUUAUAAUGUCAAUAAUAUUAAUAAUGAUCAUAAAAAAAAAAUAAUAAUCAUCAUGAUAAUACAUACAUAUGACUGUUAAUCAGUGAGUGAGCUUCCUACUGGGUAGUCUUACCGGUAACCAUAUAAUGGACGUGUUAUUUGGCUGUAGCGGUCGCUUGGCCGGUGGAAAAGUGACAGCAUAGCUACUGUCCUUCCAUUAGCCUCUCUUGAGUAAGAGGAGUUGCUAGGCGCUGGAGUUCUGUCAUUGUUGUCACCAUAGAUAUAGAAUCUUAUGGUGGUCACUCUCUACUUCCCCAUUCUGCCUUGCCCAUUCCUACCACUUGCCCAUUUUUUUAACGUUUAACGUCUUUUUACUGCAAGAGACUGACGGAACUGACUGACUGAUGUCUGAAAGCAUCUUUCAGGUCUUCUUCUUGUACGGCUUUGCUCAAGCCCUGUUGUAAAAUAAAUAAAAUUAAAAAAAUAAAACUCAAAUGGAUGGGGGUCUCUCACAUCUCAGAUGUGGAAAGUAUAAUUUUAUAUUUGUAUUUUCAAAUAAUAUUAAUAAAAAAAGAUGUUUGUGAAAGGUUUCCAUCCUCUACUGUGGUCCAGAAAUCGAUGUGUCUGUCUGGAAAAAAAUAAAUCAAUAAAUAAAAACAAAA